AUGAAUGUUUACGAUGACGUGCUCGAUCCAACUGUUGUUUCGCACUCAAUAACAGGUUAUUUCACCACUUCUGAAUAUGAGGAAUUGUUAACUGUGAGGACCAACGUGCUUAGUGUUUACCGCGUUGAUGAGUCAGCCAAGCUCUUUUUAACCAAUGAAUUCAAGUUUCAUGGAAAAAUCACCGAUUUGGCUUUGAUUCCUCAGGUGAAUUCUUCACUGGAUUGUCUACUACUAUGCACAUCAAUCGCCAAGGUAUCCAUUGUGAAAUUUGAUCCACUGUCAAAUUCGAUAGAGACUGCUAGUUUGCAUUACUACGAGGAUAAAUUUAGGGACUUAUCCUUGUUAGAGAUAGCGCAACAAUCAUAUUUUAGACUCGAUCCUUCCAAGAGAUGCGCAAUAAUACUCAAUAACGACGUCCUUGCAUUAUUACCUUUUAGGGCAGCAACUGAUGAUGACGAGGAGGCAGAUGCGGAGAAUAAUGAUGUCAAGAGGAUGAAGACUAGCAGUGACAAAGUAACAUAUCCCAGUAAAAUAUUCGUUGCCAAGGAAUUGCACAGUGAGAUACGAAACGUUAUUGAUGUACAAUUUCUUAACAACUUUAGCAAACCUACCAUAGCCAUACUGUUUGAACCAACAUUAAUAUGGGCAGGAAACCGUCAGUUGAAUCCACAGCCAAUAUCAUAUAUGAUCUUUACAUUGGAGAUCUCGUCCACUGACAAUACCACAAAAUUUGGAGCUACAACAAUAGGUAAAUUGACUGGUUUGAGUUGGGAUUUCCAUAGUUUAGUUCCGAUCUCCAACGGAUGCAUGAUUGUGGGAGCCAAUGAACUGGCAUUUGCUGAUAACAGCGGUGCUUUGCAAUCGGUGAUUCUGCUUAACUCAUUCAGUGAUCGAAACUUGAGGCAAGGGAGAAUCAUAGACAAUUCAAAAUACGAGAUUCUGCUGCCGCAAUCCAUCGCCCGCUGUUGGUCUCCUCCGACAAGUGACAAAGUAAAUGAUGAAACUCUGCUACUGAUGGAUGCCAAUUCCAACGUCUAUUAUGUGCAGUUGGAGUCGGAAGGAAGGCUGCUUAUAAAAUUUGACAUAAUUAAGCUACCAAUUGUUAAUGAUACACUCAAGAAUAAUCAAGGUUGCACAUGCAUGUCGCGUUUAAAUAGCAGAUCUUCUAACAAUAAUAUGGAUCUUCUGAUGGGCUUCAAAUCCGGUGAUGCUUUGGUGGUAAGGCUAAACAACCUGAAAUCGGCAGCUGAGAGUAGAGACGAGCACAAGAUAUUCUCAGAAGCAAUGGAAAGUUCUUUCGACAAAGAUGAAGACGAGGAUAACCUUUACUCGGAUGAGGCUUCUGACGCAGGGAAAGCAGAUGAUAAUAAGGAAGUUAUCGUCGAGACAGUCACACCCUUUGACAUCGAAUUGCUCUCCACGAUAAAGAAUAUUGGACCAAUAACAUCACUGGCUGUCGGCAAAGUCUGCUCAGUUGAGAAAUAUGUUAAAGGCUUGCUGAAUCCAAACAGGAACGAAUAUUCUAUGGUAGCUACCUCUGGUAAUGGGAGUGGAUCGCAUUUGACUGAGAUUCAAGGAAGUGUCAGGCCCACGGUAGAGGUCGCUCUUAAAUUCAUUAGCGUAACUCAGAUAUGGAAUUUGAAAAUCAAGAAUAGGGACAAGUAUUUGGUUACUACAGAUUCUAAUAAAGCCAAAAGCGAUAUUUACGAGAUUGAUAAUAACUUCGCCUUGCAUAAGGAGGGAAGGUUUCGCAGAGAUGCCACUACUGUUUGUAUUUCCAUGUUCGGAGGUGAUAAACGUAUAGUUCAAGUGACAACUAAUAAUCUUAUCCUGUACGAUACCAAUUUUCGUCGACUAACGACUAUGAAAUUCGACUAUGAGGUCGUUCACGUCUCUGUGAUGGAUCCAUACAUAUUGAUCACAGUGUCUCGAGGUGACAUUAAGAUUUACGAGCUGGAAAUGAAACAUAGAAAGAAACUUCUGAGGGUUGAUCUGCCAGAUGUUCUUAAGGAGAUGGUGAUCACUUCAGGUUUUAUUUCACAGACCAAUAUGUGCAAUGAGUUUCUAACAGGUCUUGAAGUUUCAGAUGAAGAACAGUUACUCUUUACUUUUGUGACGGCGGAUAAUCAAAUCAUCUUUUUCGGUAAGGAGCAUAAUGACCGUAUUUUCCAGCUCAACGGUGUCGAUAUCUUGAAUGAAAGCCUCUAUAUUAGCACAUAUCAAUUGCCAGAAGAAGUGAUACCUGACCCAUCUAUCAAGCAGGUGAUGAUCAAUAAAUUGGGAAGCAACAACAAGGAGGAAUUUCUGACAAUUCUAACUUUUGGCGGAGAGAUUUAUCAGUACAAGAAAUCUUCAUCAAGACGUAGUCGAUUUUUCAGGAAUAUUACCUCCAGUGAUUUGCCUGUCACCGGUGCCCCAGAUAAUGCUUAUGCGAAAGGUGUCAGCGCUAUUGAAAGGAAUAUGCAUUAUGUUCCAGAGUAUAAUGGUUACUCGGUUAUUUUAAUCACAGGAUCCGUCCCAUAUAUCAUCAUCAAAGAAGAUGAUUCCUCGCCCAGACUCUAUCGCUUUGCUAACAUACCAUUGGUGUCUUUGACCAGGUGGUGUAAAAGUUCUGUAAUGUGUGUGGAUGAUAUCAAGAAUGCCAGAGUUUACACGUUAGACCGGAACAACAUAUAUUACGGAAACAAGCUCCCACUUAAACGGAUUGAUAUAAGUGACGUUCUGGAGGAUUUCAUGACGCUUACGAAUGUAACCUUCCAUGAGAGGUCGCAGAUGUUCAUAGCAUCCUAUGCGAGGGAAAUCGAAUAUGAAGCGCUUGCCGAAGACGGCGAAAAGCUAGUUGGCUACCAGGAAAAUGUUCCACAUGCCAAAGGCUUUCAAAGUGGUAUCCUACUGGUUAAUCCCAAGACUUGGAACAUCAUCGAUAAAAAAGAACUUCCCGCAAAUACCUUGAUCAACGAUGCAAAAUCCAUGCUGAUUCAGUUGGAUUCGAGAACAAGACGCAAGAAAGAAUAUGUGAUUGUUGGCGUCGCGGUGGUUGGAACUGAAGAUCUACCACCAUCAGGUUCGUUUUUCGUUUUUGAUAUAACGGAGGUGGUUCCUGAACCUGGCAAACCUGAUACCAAUUUCAAGUUAAGCGAAGUGUUCCAAGAGGAAAUCAGAGGAACUGUCAGUACAGUUUGCGAAAUUAGCGGGAGAUUUUUGAUCAAUCAAAGCCAAAAGGUCCUAGUGAGAGAUGUGCAGGAUGAUAAUUCUGUUGUGCCCGUCGCAUUUUUAGAUAUUCCUGUGUUUGUCACUGAUGCCAAAAGUUUCGGUAACUUCAUGAUUAUUGGAGACGCAAUGCAAGGUUUCCAAUUUGUCGGUUUCGAUGCUGAACCUUAUAGAAUGAUCCCACUGGGAAGAAGUAUUGCCAAAAUGGAGACAGUGUCAGUCGAAUUUUUGGUUAACGGAGGUGACAUUUUCUUUGCAAUAACUGACACUGACGACAUACUACAUGUAUUCAAGUACGCUCCUGACGAGCCAAACUCUCUUUCUGGUCAAAGACUUCUCCAUUGCACGAGUUUCAAUUUGCAUUCCACCAAUACCUGCAUGGCAUUACUGCCUAAAAAUGAAGAGUUUGAACCAGCCCAAGCGAACAUGAAAAAUUUCCAAGCUAUUGGGGGACAAGUGGAUGGCUCUGUAUUCAAACUGCUUCCUCUGAGAGAGGACGUAUAUCGUCGGCUCUACGUUGUUCAACAACAAAUUACAGAAAAAGAACUACAAUUAGGUGGUCUAAACCCUAGAAUGGAAAGACUUUCCAACGAGCAUUACAAGACAACACAUGUAUUGAGACCAAUGCUGGAUUUCAAUGUCAUUCAGCGAUUCAAAAGGUUGUCGACGGACAGAAGAAAGCAAAUUUCUCAAAAAGUCGGUAAGAGGGCCCAUUUCGAGAUUUGGCGGGAUCUUAUCAACGUUGAGUUUUCAUUAAGAUCGCUUUGUAAAUAA